UCCACAACACGCACCAUUGUCGUUAAGGCUACUUAGUGGGCCGCAGAUAGUGUCAGUUCUCGAGACCCAGCCGAGACCUUGAAGUAUCAUCUUCCCUUUCUCUGAGUCUGUAACCGGUAGCCGGCUAAACCACUCUACACAGAACCCCUGUUGACUGGCAAAAAAAUUCCUCACCCGAGGCUAGAAGAACCCACUACAGAACCGGCAGCAAAGGAAACGGAAAGAAAAGCAAAAGUCAUUCAACGGAAGUGAAGGUGUAGUGUGCUGAAGAAAACGCAACGAACGCCGAACGGUUGAGACAGUGAUCUAGUUAGCGUGAACUUCCUCAAGGUGUGCAUGUGUGAGACAGUCGGUGGAUGUGUGUGUGUGUGUGUGGAUGGCAACUUAGAAUACAAUGCAAUAAUUAGUUCAGCAAACGGCAAGCUGGUUGGUGUCAUCCAAGCGGUCGAGACACCCAUCGGUACCGGGGGCUUAUCACUCAGAAGAGGAAGCAAACGACGGAAAAAAGCAGCUUCUACACCACCUAGACACGUCUAGUCUACCACGGGAAGACGAGCCAGCUCGAUCUGGAUUUUGCAGAUUUUACAGUAAAGGAUCAGCUCGUAACACUCCUCGGGGUUGUAGAUGAAUGAUCACCGGCAAGUCAGCGAACCAUGCUACAAACUCAACCGCCGGCAGCGAACGGUUGCUGACGAUGGCCCGGCGGACGGUCCUCGCGCCUGAAAGGUAUGCCGAGGGCAGUACAUACCGUCACCCGGUCCGGGAUGGACACCCGGACACCGGCGGACGGUCGCAACCUGGACGUGAUAAUUACACCGCAUUACCGACACGUACGACGAAAGCUGACCGAUGUCUGCUGGCACUGUUGGUGAUCGUCGUCUGCUGGACCGGGUUCGGAUGUGAUGCGGCCGCCACGCCGGUCAAGAGUCCCAUGUCCGGGUACGGUGGGCGAGGUCCUCCAAUGUUUAAGCGGAUGGGUGGCCUAACCGAUGCGAGCAGGAUCUCCAACUUGACUCGUCUUCAUAGUGGUGAUCUGUUUUAUACAUUUGAAUCGGAAAAAUGUGACACAGAUACGUGCGUGGGGCUGUCGAGCGGCACGGCGGAACUAUCGAUUGGUGGCGAUCGGACCGGCACCGGCACGGUCAACGGACCACCCCACCGUAUCCCCGGAAGUACGGACCACAUCAAAGAAAUCGACAUGUCAUCGGAUGCGGGAAUCGAGUGCAAGUGUCAGUGUUUGCCGCACCUGAGCACCUACAGGGAAGAUCUCGGCAUCUGUGUGGACGACAUUAGAGAAUGCACUCUAGCGCCGUUCAUCAGCGGAUCAAGCUCGGAGAAGAUACCGUUCGUCUUUUUGCCUCACCGUGGCCAAAUCGUUCAUCCCAGCCGCGAGAUUGGAUUUCCCGGUGUCAAGAUGCCGAUGUGUGCCGUAUCGGCCGCCCAAUACCUCACCACCAACGGUUGGGCGGAGCUGCGGAACCCCAUCGACACGGACGUCCCGUUUCGGCUGUUUCGCGACGAGGGCCGCAUCUACCUGCAGUGGCUCGGUGAACCGGAGCUACGGCAGCGGAUGCAGGGCCGGCUGGUGCUGGUGCAUCUGAUGUGCCGCGACAUGACACCCCGUCUGCUGCUGGAGGAUGGCCGGGCCGCUCUUCAUCACGAUGACAUGCAGAUGCCGAAUCAAAACAUCUUCACACCGUGCAUCGCCUUCCGCGUCGUUGGGACACCGAUCAAAUACGUCACCAAUGUGACUGAGGUGUCGUUCGCUUCCGAGACGCACAUCGAGCAACAGUCCGGCCUUUCCACCAAGGAGUACAUCGUGAUCGCGGUCUGCAGCUUGUGUCUGGGCCUGAUCUAUAUCGCAUCGGUUUUUCUCUACAUCCACAUGAAAAAACGGAAGAGUAGAUCGGGCUCGAACGAUGACGGGAGUGGGUUGAAGAACGAUUACUCCACCUACCAGCAGAACGAUCAGGUAACGUUCGGUGUUGGGAUGGGUGCGGCCGUUAGUCCUUUCGGUGGACAGGCACGGGCCAGCUUUAUCGGGCGCAAUGCACUCGGCGGAAGUCAACGGCAGGGCGGUGGACCGACGAUCGGUCCACAUCGAGGACUCGCGAGCGUGGGCCUGCACGCGGAAGAAAUGGGCAUCGUGAAGAACAAUCCGCUGCUGAAACACUUCCCGAACCUGAGCGACAAUUCGGGCUUCAUUAGUGACAAUUCCAAUUCGGUGUCGGAGUUUGAGGAUGAUAUAACGACCGACGUUGAGAAGCAGAUGCAAACCGGCAAACAUCAGCCAAAAAACUUCUCAGGGCGUACCGAAAUGGAUGGCGAACUUCGCCUUCAGCAGCAGCAGCAGCAGCUAUCCCAGCAGUCCGCCCUGCUGCUGCAUCAUCACCAUCAUCUACAACAACAGCAGCACCAACACCAGCAGGAUCCGCUGAAUACCGGUGGCCAGGAUACGGAGUGCCUGCCCGAGGAAAAUGUAUCCAUUGUCGAAGAACUGAACAACGAAGAAAAGCUCGAAAGCAUGAAGUCCAUCGUGAACGGUACGAUGCGCCGGAAGCUAUACUUCAAUCCCGCCUACUUCGAGCCACAUCUUCUAGUUUCACCUCCACCGGCAGCUAUCGAAUUUCUGAAUAAGAUCCGCGAAGUGAUCACGAUCGCAAAGUACAAGAUGUCCUCGAAACGGUUUCAGCCUUCGCUGAACAUCAUACCGGAGGAGCUGCAGCAUGCAGCCGGGUCGGAAACGUACGCCGCCGUACAGACUGCGCCGGCUAGUCGUCGCAGUAGUCUGAUCAGCUCUCGCAAGGAUAGCUCUCGCAAGAGUGCCUGUUCGGGGUGUCCAGGGUGCGAGAAGAAGGUAGCUGCGUCCGAUCCAGUCAUGGUACCGUCAAGCAACUGUAAGAAUUGUGGUGAUAAGCAGAACAGCAUUCGCAAAUGGUUGGAGGAUGUAUCGUCCACCCACGGGGACGGUAUUGCCGAGGCAGACAUCUACGAUAGCAAAUCGAAUCUGCUUGCCAGUGGAGGAACAUCGGAAACGGACGGUACAACUCCAACACCGAAAUCGGAUGGCGCUGGAAUUGCAAACCCUGCUUUCGUAGGUGAUCAACCGUCGAUGGAGUCGGUCAAGUCGCAAGAUGACCGAACGACCGCACCCGAUUCAUUGCCGAUUCGCCCGGAUAUUAAGAAGCAACCGAAAAGUCACCGGCUAUCGAAGACGGGGAGUUUACACAGCGACAGUUCGUCAACGUCGGACAAUGAAACGAUCGUAGCAAACAGUGUGAAGGAACGAUCGUCCGUGGUACGCAUCCCGUCCGCCAGCAAAUCGGUACGCUCGGACACUAGCUCGGCACCGAAAAUUGUGUCACAUAGUUUGAAGUCGAAUUUGGUCAGUAAGAUGAGCAAGUUUGGCAUGCAGGAAGGUGCUGGUGCGUUGAUGAAGAACAGUAGCUUCAUCUACGAGGAGAGUCGACCGGCACAGCCAACCAACCAGGAUCUGUACAUCAAGAACACGAACAAUUCGGUAGCGAAUCUGGACACGAACAAGAUGUACGAUAAGCGGGAUCUUUAUAGCAUCGCCGGCAGUGAGAUUUACAACAAUCCUCAGUUCGAGACGUCACCGGUGAUGUCACACAAGAAGCUAUCGGUAUCACACGCGGCACAUCAUCAUCAUCAUGGGCACGGUAAGAAGGCCCCCGCGUCGAAUGGACCAGGAAGAGCACAUCCCACACAACAACCACCAGCAGCUCUGGUACCGCUCGCCGCCUCUUCCAGCAAGCAACGUCGCCAGGAGGUACUGGAUCAGUACGCAAACGUCAAACCGAUGAAGCUGCGCAACAUCAAUCAGAUGCCGGACAUGGUGUACGAAGCACUCGCCAUGGAUCAGCGCAAGAUCCGCUCGUGGUCCGAACGGCACGCUGAUCGCUUGCCGAUGCCACAGCUCGAAUCGAUGGACUACAAUAUCGAUUCGUCCGACAGUCGCUUCAGCAGUAUCGAUCGUCACGAGCGCUACCGGAACGAGAAGUUCUUUCACGACUUCCUAAACUCGGACCAGGAGUGCAAUACGCUCGGGAACCGGUCCGGCAAGAACUCGUACAGCAAGUACCAGCCGGACUCGCCGAUCUACUCCCGCAAAUCGCCCCACUAUCUGAUCGUGGACUACGAAACGGACAGUCUCGAGCGGGUCACCUCCAAGACACCGAUGAGCUUCAACACCUCCACGACGAACAGUAGCGAUCUUGGGUCGCAACCGUCGCCCUCGCUCAGCACCGCACUGCCGCUCGAGGAGGAGGUCGAGAUACGCAACGCCAUAUACGAUCGGGUGGAGGGUUUUAGAAAGGAUACUGACACGAUCAAGACGGAACGCGAAGCCGUCAGUAUCCGGUCCGAUGAGUAUGAAGACGUUCCGCAGGCUUCGUCCUUGCUGGGCACCGCGCAGCCCGCACCCGGUGGCAAGGCGAAGAAAAAGGUACCGAAGAUCAAGUGUGACACGCCAUUUCAGGGGAGCAUCACGAUCGAGGUGGAACACAGUCCCGACGAUUGCGACCUGUCGGCGACGGACAGUGAUCAGUUCGAGCCGGACACACUGGACCGUAAGCCGAAGAAGCACGGGCAGACGAAAGCUGCCGUAAGUCGGCACCGGAGCAACGUGUGGGAGGGUGAGCGUGGUGGACGGGGUGAAUCCGUUGGGAUCGAGUCCAGUCUAACCUCGCUGCCGGCCGAUCUGAACAGUCACUUUGUGCUGAAAAGUAGCGGGUCGUUCAAGCACGAAACAAGCUUCGGUAGCUUGAGGGAGAUCUACGAAUCGAAGAACCCAAAAGCUACCGGACCUCCGGCCAUUCGAAGUUCGCUGAGCAAUCUGUCCGAGCUGGACGUAAAGUCGGGAAAGUUGCUUACGCUCGAGACGCGACACUCGCGCCGUCAGCGUACGAAUGUGGGCGAUGCGUUGAUACCGGCACCGAAGCUAGUCCCACCGGAUUUGAUUCCACCGGACAGUGCUCGACAGGCUACCGUGUACGAUCACCCACGGUUGCAGCUGAAGAAGGUGGAAGAUUAUGGCAUUGCGCCGAAGAAUCUGGCCUGCUGGAGCAAUAGCGAGAAGCUGUCCAACCCACCGACGGGUCCAGCACCGAAACCAAACUUCUGCACCACCACCACCACCAGCGAGAACUAUGAAUCGAUCAAUAGUUUUACGGCAGAAAGUGACUCCACACAGUUCACGGGUAUCUCGGAUAAUGAUCGUACGGUUUCGGGUGGUAGUAAUAGCAGUAGUACCGGCAAGAACCGUAGCUCACAGGGCAAGCUUCCCAACUACAGCCACGUGCACAAGAAUCCCACCGAUCAGUCACUGUACAUCACCGAGAAGACGGAGUACGCGAGGAUCGAGAACGAGAAGCAACGAUCGCAGGAGGAGUUGAGUGGAAUCUUGGAAAGCUACAUGACGCUGGGCGAGAUGAAUAGCAAGAACUUCCUGCAGCAGGUGGACAGCAAGAUCUACGAUCUGCGCACCCGUCAGUCGCAGCAGCAGCAACAUCAGCAGGUGAUGAGCAAGGCAAAGUUCAUCGAGGACAUCGACAAGAUCGAGGUGCUGUCGACGAAAACGCUCUCCAACUAUAGCUAUCCGAUCAAUCGUAAUGGGCCCUCGAUCAACCCGAAGGACGUUGAGGAUGAGAAACCAUCCAUCUACGACAUCAGUGGACCGAUUCCGAUCGGGAGCUCGCCCUCGGGAUCACCCACCACCACCAAGGUGUUCCGCGUGGAGUUGAACCAAUCCUCGAACGGUAUGCAGAUCGCGAUGGGAUUAAGGGAUCGCGUUAAAAAGUCAAAAGAUCUGAAGAACGCGUGGAAAAAGUUUAUCGGAAUAGCGACGGCCAAGUUUAACGGGAAGUCGGGUGAUCCGGAUCUAGAGAAGACGUCCGAUUCGUCCGAUAUACUCGAGAAGGAUGAAGGAAUUUCGUCGUUGAUCGAUGACUCGUCCGGAAGUGGAGCUUAUGGAUCGCACUACCAGCAACAGCAGCAGUUGUUGCGCCCUCACCAUCAUCAUCACCACCGGAAACGAUCCGGCCUCGGACCAACUGCAGAGGACGGUGAGAAACCAUCAACGUCCAACGCUCGCAACAUCACGAUCGUACGCAGUAACUCACGCUCGAGCACCAAGGAACAGGACAGCGGUUACAUGAGCGCGGAUUCGAGUGAAUCAAAGCUGAACGGCAAAAAGAUCUACGAGCGGUUCAACUUUAGCUCCCAAUCCCCGGACGGACCUGGCUCAGAAGGACCAAUCCUCGAGGAGAACAAGUACGAGAUCUGCGCUCUGCAGGAAUCGAACGAAAAGGCUCCCGGAACGCCGGAAGCAACCGGUACCAAUCGCAGCGGAUCGUCCACCGGUGGUUCUUCUGCCGGUGGGACCCGUGCGGACAAAUCGAUCGCACGUCCUCGCUCUCCACCACCACCACUUCCUCCGCCGAAUCCACCACCACCUCCACCACCGACGGCCACCAUCCCGUCGAAGAAAGCAUCCGGCGGUCCGGGUGUUGCUGUGAAGGUGAUCGAAAAACCUCACAGUAAGCCACCACCACCACCCUCACCACCAACCAAUGCCUCCUCCUCCUCGCCCUCCUCAUCCCUCACAACGAUCGCACGGACUGUGGCCAUAAACCGGGGUGAGCUGGAAGCGGGUCCAUCACGUCAAAGACUGCACGCCCCCAACGGUGUGUUCUUCAACACUUCCGACGCGAUCAGUGUCCGGGUGUACUCGUCGGACGAUGAAAAGUUUGACGGCAGUGACGAUGCGUCCUGCAUCUCGGACGAGGACGAUCUUGAUUCGCAUCUGGACGAUAUCUCCGAAUCGGGGGCGGAAAGUGUCGAAACACAUUCGGUGUUCUUCAAGAACAUACGCAAACCGUCACACCUGACGGUGGCACCGGCUGCGGAUCGUGCAAUGGCAGCCGCCGUUCAUUAGCGAGCUGGGAAAGAUUUUUUUUUCUUCUGUAAAUUCAGUUCUUUCUCCUACUUUGUGCAAUAAUGCUAGUUUCAUUCCGUCUGAAGUAGAUUCCAUAGUUGGUAAGAUAGGCUAGGCUUUGCGUAAAGGCCAAUUCUGUACAUUACAUUCGACCCACGGGGACACAACCGUUGCAGCGGUCACACACCGUUCGAGAUUAUUGAGUUAUUGUACCUCCACAAGUAUUGAGCUUAGUCCAUGAGUCUGCGGGAUUCCUUUGCGAAUAGGAGCACAGUACAUCCUUUCCACUGGAAGCCAUGGACACGUUGGAUAGCCGUCUAGGUUAGGUUCUAGGGGUUAGGGAGUAUUUGUAGACAACACUCAGUGGCAACUGUGCAAUUUGAUUUUAAGAUUACUCGGUAGAGAUAUUUAUUUUUGAGAAAAGGCAUGAAAAGAGAGUGAUUGAUUGUGUGCGUGAAUUGAGUGUGUGUGAGUGAGUUUUUUUUUGCUUUGCUUAACUACUGUUGAGUUCUUCUGCUACUGCUACAUUUUCGCCUGGCUGUUUUUGUUACAUUUGCGAUUUUUUUUUUGUUUAAAAUUUAUUUGUUGGGGUUUUUUCUUAACUUUAUUGUUUUCUUAUUACUUUUUUCCAAACUAUUUGCAAGCUGCAAGCCUCGAAAAUGUAGCCUGCUAGCAUCGAAUGUGAUACGCGACAUGCAUUUGCACGUCCUUUGCAAUAAUGUGAGUUAAGGUAGGAGGAUGCAAUGUUAGGUUUAACAAUUCCGCAAGGAACCCCGUAAUCGUACGACGGGUCCAGCCCACCCAAAAAGGUUGUCGGACCCCGUCUACAUUACACACUAGGCCGGAUAUGUGCAAUAAACUACAACAAUCCGUGUUAAGGUUUACUAGCUAUAUAAGGAAUCACACGCGUACGUACGCAAGCCGUCGUAACGCUGACAGGGUGCAAUCUUGAACCUACAAUAGACCGAAGUCGGGACGUUGUAGAGUAGUGUGUAAGGAUUUUUGUACUCUAAGUUUUUGUAAGGUUAGCGAUAUCGAUCGACGGUAUGGUAGUUGUAGCUUACAUCACGGCUAUAAUACCAAAAAUGGCUUACAAACUUCUUUUGGCUAUUAAUAUUGUAACCUUCGCCCCACGUCGCUUUGCACGACGGCGAAGUCUAGGUGUAGGCGUAUUCGUUUUAUAAGUUCAAUUUUAACCCGUCCGUGUUUUGUUAGGUUUAAAGACAUUUUGCCGAUGCUCCAAUGAAAAGAGAUUUUCGGGCGACGUUAGCUUCAUAAGUACCUGCCAAAAACCGCAAGUAAGGAACCGACCCCUAAACGUAACGCCGAGACGUUACAGGUUUCCUCAACGCGUAAUCAGUAGCGAGUAGAGUAGGGUUAAGCUCUCGUUAGCAAUUCUUAUCGUAUGCAUAUUUAUUCCGUUUUGUAGUGAUUCUUGAUCGGCUCUCUCUUAGCUGUGAAUGUCUUGUUAGCAUAUUUUUUUAUUUGAUGUUUGAAAAACUGUUUUCCAUCUGUUGUCUAUCGCAUAUGCCUACUCUGUUGGUAAUAUUAUUGCUGGUUAAGGUAUACAAAUUUAUAUAGGUUAAGCAUAUUCUCUACUGAAGUAGUCGUAAUAGUUAUAGUAGCGAUAAG